AGAUGGGCUUUGACCCGACUCGGCUCAAUAUGUACGGCCCAAUAUAUAACUUAUUCUCAAACGUGAUCGGCAUAUCUCCGCAUCCAAACGAGUUGCCUGGAUUAUAUUUUAUGAAAUGUUGUGAAGUGUAAGAAAUAUAUAGUUACGUCUAUAUAAAAUUAUUUAAGUAGUUUAUCGACAUUUCACUGAAAUUACUACGAUGUUUCUUUGACGGAUAAAUUAUCCAAAUUUCAAAGUCUAUUAUCAUUGACCUUAUGAUGAGCUCCAUUAUCGAUUCACUGAAAUUACGACGCUGUUUCUUUGAUGGAUAAAUUAUCCAAAUUUCAAAAAAGUCUAUCAUUGGGAUUAUCAUGAGCUCCACCAGCCAUGUGAGUGGUGCAAUGUGCAAGAAAGCCUCUCCGUUUACUUUAUUUGUGUAAAUGAACAGUUGCCAAUCAAGUUCACCACAAACAUUAUUUAACAAGUUUUGGACCCAUUGCAUCGAAGUUUCACAUUCACCCAAGGCUCAUGUGUACUUUGGGUCUUUAAAUAAUAUAUUUAAAAAGCCCAAAUCUCAAACAAUCUUUUAUGAUAUCUACAAAGCUUUCUAUCCACACCUCAUUGCCACAAAACUUCUCAACUCAUGACAAGGAGCUUCUCUCACACACUUUUGCCCCUUUGUAUAAAGCGCGCCAAAACCUCUGUUCUAUUCUAUCACACCAAAGCUGAAUUAACUACCAAAGACUCUUCUUCUCCCCCUCGCUUCUCGUAAUAUUUUAUUUUUGUCUACUUUGGCUGCAAAGAUGUUGGACAUAGCGUAUGAAUUGGUGGGACAAGCCACGUCGAACUCGCUUCUUAUGUUCUGUUUCUGCAACCUCAUCAUAGUCAUAAUCCUCACUGGAUCCUCAAAACCCGGUUCGAUGGAUUCUCAAGAUUACAACACUUUUACUUCCUCUGCGAGCUUCAACAGCCUUGCUUCUGAAGAUCAUGAUCGUUGUGGUGAUGAUCAUGAUCAUGAAGAGAUGAUUGUCAUUGAUGUUCAAGAUGAGUCUCUGACCGAUCCCUCCAGCAUUCCAGACGAAUACGAGGACAAAGAAAGCUGCCAUUGUUGUCAUGAUGAUGAUGAGGAGGACGAGGAUGAUGAUGAUGAUGACGAGAGCAGUGAGGCUGAUGUUGAAGAAGAGGAAGAAGACGAUGAGUUAAGAAAGAGAGCAGAAGAGUUUAUAGCAAAAGUCAACAAUGAAUGGAAGCAUGAGAAGCUUAGAGCUUUGAAUUUAGUUUAUUGAUUUUGAUAAAAAAUUUAAACCGUUAGACAUACUUUUUU